GCGGAACCUUUCUCCUCCGCCUAGCUCUCGCUUCCACCCGGUCCCAGUUGGCGCCGGACGCAGUAGUGGAGGCUUAUAAACAUGGAGACAGAGGAUACUGGGACUGGAGAGCCGUCUUCUCGGCUGGGGGCUCCGGCGUCCACUAAUGACCGGCUUUUCGUGGUUAAAGGUGGAAUUUUCCUUGGUACUGUUGCUGCAGCGGGAAUGCUGGCUGGAUUUGUUACAACGCUAUCAUUGGCUAAAAAGAGAAGUCCUGAAUGGUUCAAUAAGGGAAGUGUGGCCACGGCUGCCUUACCGGAGAGCGGGGCUUCCCUUGCCUUGCGAGCCCUGGGGUGGGGCUCACUUUAUGCCUGGUGUGGGGUUGGUGUGAUCAGCUUCGCAGUCUGGAAGGCCUUAGGAGUUCACAGUGCAUUGUGCCAGACAUUUUAGACAUAGCAGAUUAUUUAAUCCUCACAACAACUAUGAAGUAGGUGUUAAUAUCCCCCAUUCUGUAAAUGAGGAAAUAGGGACUCAGGUUAAGUCACACGGCUUGUAAUUGGCAGAGUCAAGAUUUGAAGCUAAGUCUGAUGGUCUGCAGAACCUGGUUCGUUUUCAAUUUUACCUCCCUUAGCUAAGGUGGGAAAUAAAGGAGUAGGUGGAAGGGGCAAGGGGAAGGAGGUAGUGAAUCUGGUUUUGACUGUGGAAUGAUCCACACAGUCUUAAUCAUUUGACAGGUUUUACUGGGUAUCUUCAGUGUGGACCUCCCAACAUCACAAUUGACUUCAUUCUCGUAUAGGACCAGCCAUUCUUUUUUCAUAUGAGAGCAAUUAUUUGAAAACAAAUAGAAAAGAUUGGGAGGAAAUAUGUUUGGUGAUAAUAUGUGAAAGAAUUAUGGGCAUGUGGGUGAGUUUUGUAUUUUACUUUUCUGUGUAAUUCUUAAAUAUGUAUUGCUUUGACAAUAAUACUGCUUUUUUAAAAAUAGUCCUAGAUUUUAUUUUUAUUAAUUUAUGCUGACUAUAAAGCACAACUGCCUAGGAGUACACAAAACUUCCUUGACUACAUAUGAAAUCUGCUUUGGGGGAGGGGCAUGCAAAUAAUAAUAAAGUUAUUAAGCUUUUGGUUUCUAUCAAAAUGACGGUCUGUUAGUACUUCACAUUGAGUGCAUGGAAUUGAUAGGUAAUGUUUCUAGAGUUUAGUAAUGUAGGUCAUAAAUUGAGUAGUAAAGUUUUAAGGUAUUUGAAAAUAUGAACAGUCUUUGAUUUAGAAGAGUCAUAAUGAAUCCAUCCAAAUUUUCAUAGACCAACAAAAUUAGGUUAUUUAAAUUAUAUGCUUGAGAACUUGGGCUUUAUGGGCUAGACUGUGCUAUUUUAGUUUCUAGAAUGUGAAAGUUUUUGUAUUAUGGCACUGAUAAGAGGAUUAUUACCUAAAUAAAAUAUUUGGGGGUGGGAUUCUUUUCUGAUUGGCACUAUUGAAUGUAUGGAGACUUGGAAUCCUUUUGUAUUGCAUCUUCAUGUCUUUAACCAAAAAGAGAGAAUGCAAAUAACCUCUCCCUACCGGUAAGUCAUUAGGCAUAUCAGUUUGAUUUCCACAUCUGAGAAGUCUCACAGAAAAAUGAACCCACUGAUACUUUUUUAGGACACAUCUUUUAAAAGCAGUCGUGUUUAUUAAUUUGUUUAUUCAAAAGACAUUUGUGGGCCUACCCUGAGCCUGGCACUGAACUAAGACAGCACUCCCCAGUGGACUGUUAGUAUAUAAGGCAUAGGUUUUUAAGCGUUAUGGGUGACUUUCCAAGGAAAUUCUUAUUAUAUGACCCUGCCCUGAGGCUUGUGGAGAGCAAUGUGGUAUAUUUCGGUUCUGCAUUUAGAGAGUUGUUUGUUUGUUUUUUUAAUUAAUUUAUUUUUUUUUUAUUUUUGGCUGUGUUGGGUCUUUGUUGCUCCGUGCGGGCUUUCUCUAGUUGGCGGUGAGCGGGGGCUACUCUUCGUUGCAGUGCACGGGCUUAUCAUUGUCGUGGCUUCUCUUGUUGCGAAGCACGGGCUCUAGGUGUGUGGGCUUCAGAAGUUGUGGCACGUGGGCUCAGUAGUUGUGGCUCACGGGCUUAGUUGCUCUGCAGCAUGUGGGACCUUCCCGGACCAGUGCUCGAACCCAUGUCCCCUGCGUUGGCAGGUGGAUUCUUAACCACUGUGCCACGAGGGAAGCUCUGCAUUUAGAGAGUUUUGAUGAGGUUGCCGAUUCCAGUGAUGAACUUUUUUUUGCGGUACGCGGGCCUCUCACUGUUGUGGCCUCUCCCGUUGCGGAGCACAGGCUCCGGACGCGCAGGCUCAGCGGCCAUGGCUCACGGGCCCAGCCGCUCUGCGGCAUGUGGGAUCUUCCCGGACCGGGGAACGAACCCUUGUCCCCUGCAUCGGCAGGCGGACUCUCAACCACUGCGCCACCAGGGAAGCCCCCAGUGAUGAACUUUUAUCGCUGUUUACUUCCUCUCAUUAGGAAAUGUCAUGUGUCUAUAAGGAAUGAAAAGUUUUAGUCAAAAAAUGUUGCGCAAAAAUGGUUGCGGUCUGUGCUCUCAGUAAGUAAUUGAGAUGAUCAUUCUAGAUAAAUGCAUGUAAAUCAGAAUGAAUCCAGUGUCAAAAUAGUUGAAUUGUAUUAAAUCUCCAGUGUAAACCAGUUCCAUAGAAAAGGGUGCCAUCUAGUGGCUGACCAAGAGCAGCUUGCAUUCCCUAUUUUAAUUCACAGCUACAUCUGCUGGCUGAAAAGGCUUAAAGCAAAGCUCUUCAGUUUAUUAGAAAUGUUUUGGAUUUACUCUUUGUUUAUUCAUAAUUAGUGCAGAAUUUCAUUCGCAUGGAACAUGUUUAAUACAUCAGAUAUAAAUAAAAAAUUUUAAUUUACACAGUGGUAGAUCAUUUAAUCAGAGGUUCCAAAAAAGGAGAGCUAGUGGAAGCUAUCCUGUCAGCCAACUGUAGCAGAUCAGGCUGCCCGGGAUUUAAAGUGGCACCCUGCCUGCCUUAGCGUAGGAAUCAGUGCAGGUCCAGCCUGGCAUCGCCACACCAGCUCCACCCUGCUGACCAGCCAUGGGCAUGGCCUGAUUGCUCAGAAUGGGUUCAUCACUUACUUUGAAUUAUGGUAUUUUAUCAUGUGUUACGAUGGAGGCAGCAUUAAUUUUAUAACAGGAACUGAAUUGUGAAAAGAAUGAACAUUCACUAUGGGUUCACGGUUCCCUACUGCAGCUGUGCACGUGAUCCUGGUGCAUUCGGGCCAUGUGAGUGCACAACAUGGUGAUGUGAUUAGAUUGUUUAUUAGGGCAGAUGUUUUAAGUUUAGAGAAUAGUGGAGAUAAAUGCUCUUCAGGCAGUAAGGGCGUUAUUGAUACUAACUGGUAAUCCCCCAGUUGUCAAAAGAAAAAAACAUGCCACCUAUAGUUAUUUACAUGUUAAAACUUUACCUUUUAUUAUUUAUAGUAGGUAUUGAGCAAGAGGUUGAGCAUAUUUAUGGUUAGGCUGUCUUGUUUUUUUUUUCUUCCCUUUGAAGGAAAAACAUAAGGUGUAUAAAAAAUUCCUGAUAGAUAUGAUUGGAAUCGCUAUAGCUUUUUAUGCCUAAUGGACCCGUGUUCUGCAUUUGUUUGAAGUUAUCUCAAAAUACUGGUCAGAAUCACCCACUGCUAACAUUUACUGUGGUUGUGUUAGAAUAUAUUCAUGAUACCUGGCGUAGUUAAAUUUGCAUGUCAUUUAUAGUUGUCUUCACAGGAGCUAAAACAUUGAUAGAAAUAAAACCAUGAAUGGAAACAUUCUCAGUUAUUGUAAAAUACUUUAAAUUGUCCAGAGAUUUAAAUUUUAAAAUUAACUCUUAUAAAUGGAGGGUUUUUUUAACCAUGGGAUAAGAGGUAUUUGUUUUUAUUUACAUAUAUUGGUGUUUAUUUUCAAAGAAAAAAUAUAUUUAGGACCUACUUUUUUAAACAAAAAUGGGUUUUUAAAUUUAUUUAUUUAUUUGUUUGUUGGCUGCAUUGGGUCUUCGUUGCUGCGCAGGCUUUCUCUAGUUGCGGCGAGUGGGGGCUACUCUUCGUUGUGGUGUGCGGGCUUCUCAUCGCGAUGGCUUCUCUUGUUACAGAGCAGAGGCUCUAGGCUCGUGGGCUUCAGUAGUUGUGACUCGUGGGCUCUAGAGUGCAGGCUCAGUAGUUGUGGCGCACGGGCUUAGCUGCUCGGCCGUAUGUGGGAUCUUCCUGGACCAGGGCUCGCACCCGUGUCCCCUGCAUUGGUAGGUGGAUUCUUAACCACUGUGCCAUCAGGGAAGCCCAUGG